CCCCAAAACCCCCCCAAAAAAACUUAACAUGGGGCCAGGACUUAGCAGAAAACUUUCUCUCCCUUCAUCCAUUUUGAAGGAGUUGGAUGGGCAUCAACAUUCUCUUACAAAAGGAAAAGGAAGGCCGAAAAGGCAACUUUCGAGAAGGCAACAACGUAAAGCUCAGAGGGUGCAGAAAAGGCAGUCUCGUCGUCCACAGACACAUCAUAUCACUGAACCGCGGAAACCUAGGCAAGCUUCGACUUCAGCCGGCAAUGUUUCCGAUAGUGAUGCUCUAGAUCUAGAUGAUGAACGUGAGAAUGAGGAAGAACUCAGUACAGGAUUCUAUUCUGAAGAGGAUGAUAGUGAGAGCACCAGGGGACAGGAGUCAAGUCAGCCUCAACACUCAAAUUCGGCACUUGCGAAGCUUUCCCAGGACGAUGCGGAGAUUGCAGACCUGGAAAGAAAAUUGGGGUUGAAAGGGAGAAAAUAUCUACCUAAAUCUUUCGAGGAUGACGGUCUCGGCGACCUACUGGGCGGUCUAGACGAGGACGAGGAAGAAGGGAUAGAGAAAGCUUCCAUAAAUAAGCGCAAGGCAGAGGCAGAUGAAUGGCUGGCCCAGAAGAGAAGGAAAUCCCAAUUUGCUGCUCGUGCAAUUGUUAGCGACGAUGGGCAUAGAGAGGGCGAGAGUCGUUCUGACCUGGACAACGAAUUUGGACUUGAUGAUGUGGAUGGCGGCGAAGAGGGUUUUGGUAGCGAUAUAUUUGAAGGCUGUUCGGACGAAGACCAAUACAAACCUUCUGGGGUCCAGAAAGAAAACCCAUAUGUUGCUCCCACAAUCGGAGUAGCGAAAUAUAUUCCCCCUUCCCUCCGGAAACAGUCAGGGUCAAGCAACGAAGCGGAAACACAACUUCGGAGGCGUGUUCAGGGGUUGAUCAACCGUCUAACGAACGAUAAUCUGAUCAGCAUAACCAAGGAUUUCAUGGCUCUAUACGAUGCAAACCCUCGGCAGACAGUCACCUCGACUAUCGUGGAUCUCGUAUUAGCCCUUGUCUGUUCACCCGAGAAGCGACCAGACUCUUUUUUCGCAAUGAUAGCAGGUUUUGUUGCAGCGAUGUAUAAAGCUAUAGGGAUAGCUAUCAGCGCCUACUUCAUACAGCAGCUCGUGGAAAUCCUCGGCCAGCGCUAUAAGAAUGCAUCUGGUGACCAGUCGGAUUCCGGGUCAAAACAUCUCAUCUCCCUCCUUGCUGAGCUUUACAAUAUGCAAGUUGUCGGCUUCAAUUUGAUAUUUGAUUAUAUUCACAUAUUUCUAGACAGACUUUCAGAGCUCGAUACGGAGCUGUUGUUGAGGAUCAUCCAACUCUGCGGGCCAUCGCUUAGGCGUGAUGACCCUCACGCAUUAGAGGACAUUGUCAACAGCAUCAAGCCAGUCAGCUUACAGAGCAUGUCAGUCAGGACAAGCUUUAUGAUUGACGAGAUGAAAAAGUUGCAGAGCAACAAGACAAAAGCCAUAAAUCGAAACAGGGAUCUUGCAGAUCAGCGAACUCAAAUAAGGAAGCGGAUCAAUACUUUGGGUGGCUCUCAAGAUACUCAACCUCUCCGUGUAAGCCUCAAUGACAUACAAGAUGCCGAUAGGCACGGUAAAUGGUGGCUUGUUGGGGCCAGCUGGUCUGGUGGCCACAACAAUGUCGAUAAUCGAGAAGGAGGUCCGAAUCCAAAGUCAGACGGGGAUGCGGAUGCGACCGAUGCCGACGAUACAAUGAACUAUGCAGACGACGACCUUGGUAUUCCAGACCUUUGGCAGUUAGCUAGAGAGCAGGGUUUCAACACCGAAGUAAGGCAGCGCAUCUUCGUUGCUUUACACGCGGCCACGGACUACGAGAAUGCUGAGCUUCUCAUCCGAAAAUUAAGACUUAAUAAGCAUCAGCGGAAAGAGAUCCCUGAAGUAAUCAUACGAAGCAGUGAACGGCAAUCCCAGUACAAUCACUAUUAUACUCUGGUUGCCACCAGAUUUACCGGCGACCGGGAGUUUUUAUUCCAAUUUCGGCGUUGUUUGACGACACGGCUUGGCAAGAUGGGAGAGGAUAUUGGCAUCGGGGAUGGAGACGAGGUUGAUACGGAAGAUGGGACCGAAUACGACAUGCGAUGGGUAUAUAACGCAGCCAGAAUUUACGGAUCACUGGUAGCUAGUCGGACACUGCGACUAAUAGAUAUAAUUAAGCACCGCAACCUUGCGGCCCUGCAGGAGAAGGCACACAUGUUCUUCGAGGUGAUGUUCAUCACAGUGCUCCAAGAGUGUAAGCACGAUGGGAUGAAGGAGGUUUUCAGUGGCCUAGAUACAGAUCACGCACGAGGGGUGCAGUAUUUUCUGAAGAAUAAUGUACGUCGGACGGACCUCCUGAAGGAUAGGAAAGGAAAGAAGGUGGUCAAGAAGAACUGCGAGGCGGCAAAUCAGGUGCUCAAGGCCUUGGUGAUAACAGACUAGGUAGCUACUAGGAUAGGAUCAUGAUAUGCAAGCUAACUCUAGG